CUUAAAACAAAGUGAAGCUCAGUUGUAUAGUCAGGCUGUUGUUAUUGUGUUUAAUAAAAGGUUAAGAAAGGUAGUGUCGUGUAUAAUCGUUAUGUCAGUUCCUGUCUCAUUUUUUGGAAUCACUCAUACUAACCUCGACUUUUAGCAUUCAAAAGUUAUCCAUUUGCGUUACAUACGUAUCACUCACUUCCAUAGAUACUAUGUGUGGAAGACGAUCCUAACUGGUACUUAGCCGAACAGGAAGGCCGAACAGGUUUAAUACCGUGCAAUUACAUCACAAUGCGUCCUCACCCUUGGUACAUCCGACACUGUAGUCGUAUGGAAGCCGAAGAAAGACUUCAAGAAAUCGAUCAAGAAACAGCACAACAUUUGCAACCAGAUGGAGCUUUUAUAUUGCGUCAAAGUGAAGCAGACGGUAAAGGAUUUAGUUUGUCUGUCAAACAAGGUUGUGAAGUUCUUCAUUUUAAAGUACUCCAAGACGAAGCUGGAAAAUAUUUUUUCUGGUUAUCUAAAUUUGAUUCCAUUAACCAAUUAAUUGAUCAUCAUCGAAAGACAAGUAUAUCACGUAAUCGUUUAUUGACUUUGGUUGAUCUUGUCCCAUCUAAGCGUUUCCCUACUAAUGUACGAAAAUAUCAACUUGAUCGAGUUAUAGCCCGGUUUGAUUUCGAGACCAAAGGUGCCGGUGAAUUAUCUUUACAUCGUGGUGAUGUUAUCGAAGUGAUUAAUCGUAAUGAUGAAAAUUGGUGGCGUGGUCGUACAUCCGAUGGACGAUGUGGCCUAUUUCCAUCAAAUUUUGUAGAUGAUUUACCUUCAGUCAUAUAAAUAAAUUUUCAGUAAAAUACUGCUUUAGAAAAUAGUAAGUAACUAAUCAAUCAAUCAUUCACAAAUGUUGCCUCGUUAACUUUCUUUUAUACUUUAAAAUCUUUCUGUGUAUGUGUGUGUGUGUUUUAGGGCAUAAGCAUCCCUAGUUUCUGUAAACAUAUACAUGUAGCUCUCUUUUUCUCUCCGUUUAUCAUACUGACAAGGAUUUAAACCUCGUUCAGCUUUGUAUUCAUAUACUUUUUUUCCAAUAGCUAUACAUACAUUUAUCAUAUUAAUUAUCGUGAAAAAGAAAGAAUAGAUUAACAACACGUGCAUAUAAUUUACAUAAUAGAGCACAAUAAACCUCUUUGCUUGUUUGUUUGUUUGUUUUAUAUACUGUUCUUUGUCCAAUUUCUUUGUGUUUUGUUCUUCAAAUAUUGAUUUAUCUUCUUAAAAUCUAAUCGAAAAUAUAAGAAGAACAAAUCAAGUAAAUAUUUACAAAUAAAAAUGUUAUUAGCAUAUUAAGUACUAUAAUAAUUUGUUUCAAUAAUAUUUAAUGUUUUUCACUAGGUAUUGGGGCUUUUUAUUUGAUCGUCUUGAUUUAUUAUUAUUAUUAUUAUUAUUAUUAUUAUUAUUAUUAUUAUUAUUAUUAUUAUUAGACAUUGAAUUCUGAUAAUUACGUAAUCAGUGAACAAUUUUCUAUCUUAACUGAAUGUAUAAAUUCUCUUGUUGGUGCUGUGUUCUGCCUUGAUGUUGAAUAGUAACUAUUAAUCAAAACAGCAUAUUUUCCUUUGAGUUGAUCCAACUAUAUAUUUAUAUAUAAACGGAUGGAUGUUGUCUGUGAAACUCGUCUAUUUUACUGUCAUUAUUGCUAUUUCUUUGUAUUGCAUUGUUUGUUGUUUCUCCCCGAGUCUUUGUUAUUUUCUUACCCAUACUACAAUAUUAUUAUUAUUAUAGAUAUUCUUAACUGUGCAAUACACCUUAAUCAAUCAUUAUGCAUGUACGCACCAUUCAUCAUCACACUUGCUGCCAUUUUUGCUUAUUUUGUAUUUCCUUUCUUUCACUAGUGUAUAUCUUCAGUGUCCUGUUAUUUUAUUUCGUCCCAUUUUGUUGUCGUUACCAUUGUAUGGGAUAACCGUUGCCACUCAUAUCUUUUUCCCAUGUACACUGAUCAGUCCAUAUGGUUUGAGGCUGAUUUUUUUUAAAAAAAUUUCCGAUUUACCAUGUUUUGUUUUGUUUCUUGUGUUCAUUCCGUUUAUGGAUUAAUAUAAGAGCGCGGAACAGACGACUAUGUGAAUAAUUACAUUAUCAUAUUAUUAUUAUUAUUGUAGUUUACAUUCUGAUGUUAUUAAUGUCUUUUUUAAAUGUUCAAGACUUUAUAGUAGUGACUUGUGUUCAUUAGCAUUUUAUUUCCUAGUUUGCUUCUAUUACUGACUAUAGCUUUUAUCUUCUAUCAGUUAUUGAACUUGUCAAUUCUAAUUGUUUGUUUGAGUUACAUUGGUUUAAAUGCUUCUACCUUGAAAUCAUAACACCCUGGUCAAGUUGUUUGAAGAAUGAUCUAAUCAAAUAAAACAAAUAUAAAUUCUAAAUGCAAAGUUGUACUACUCUCUAUACUAUUUUGCAUUGUAAAACCAAUAUCUGGCCACGUAAAAAAUUGGACUAGGGCGUUCCUAAAAUAGUACAUCGAUUCUACUCGCAAGUUUCAUUGUAUGUUCUAAGUUGAUUCUGCAAGGAUAAUUACUCACUAGAAGGUCGCAUAUGACCAUCUUCUGAUAGUUUUUUCUUUUAAGUCACCAUCCACUUUCUCAAUUUCAUGAAACCAACUUAACGAGCACAAAAUCUAGAUCCAGGCAUUCUUGCUCAUAG